ACACAUCCCACACGUCACAUCGCUCUGCGCAUGCGCUCUGUGGGACGUUGAGCCAUUUAAAAGUCGUCGUUAGGGGAAAUGGCCGCGCAGCUCGGUACAUUCGCAGAGGAGAGGGACAAAGCCAAGGGGGGGCGGAAGAAGAAGCGGAGGGAGAGCUCGUCGUCCUCGGAGAAGAAGAGGAAGAAAAAAGGUGACGGUGACGCUGGGGAGGACCCGACCGACAAGGGGGCGAAACGGAGGAAGGUGUGCGGUGACCCCCAUCACAGCUGUCACCAUCACCACCACCAUCAUCACCACCACAAGCACCAUCACCACCGCCAUGCCCGAGAGGAGCUACUGCCGCCUCCCGCUCUCCUACCCAGCACCGCCCCGCCACCGCCGCUUCCCCCUAUCAGCCAGGCCCUCUUCUCCCUCUCUCAGCUGGAGAGGCCUAGGGACAAGGGCGACAGGAAGCACCGAGCCAAGAAGGAGAAUGGCGGAGGAGAGAGCCCCCUGCGAGCUGCCAGGAAAGAAAUUCCAGAUGAAAAUGGUAAAUCAAAGAGACUGAUAAAGGAUGAUGAUAAUGCGUUACUCAUUAAGAAAAUGAAGAAAAAGAAGAAGAAGAAACACCGGGAUAACUUGAGGGGCCAGCGGUUGAAAAUGUACAACAAAGAGGUGCAGACUCUGUGUGCUGGUCUGACUCGCAUCAACCAAGAAGUCCUAAACCAAGCAGAGGUAGAAAUAAACAAGGAGUCAUGCAGAUAUUUGAAGGAUGAACAACUAUGUCGGUCUGACUUGGGUACUGAAGAAUACAGAGUACCCCAGGAGGUCCAGAUGCCUUUUACUUCUCAUCGGGAGCGCUGCAUCCGUACUAGUACUUUAAAUACAGGAUCUAGAUUUAGCCGGUUAAUGCAUGAAGAGAUUCAGUCAAAUGGUGGUGCCCCAGUUUUACAUGCAUACAUGGACGAACUCUCCUUUUUGUCUCCUAUGGAGAUGGAGAGAUUUGCUGAGGAGUUCCUUGAAAGAACUUUUAAUGAAAAUGACAAGAAUGCUGCCUAUUAUGCCCUAGCCAUAGUGCAUGGCGCAGCGGCUUACUUGCCAGAUUUUCUGGACUACUUUGCUUUCAAUUUCCCAAACACCCCAGUGAAAAUGGAAAUCCUUGGCAAAAAAGAUAUAGAGACCACAACAAUUGCAAACUUCCAUACACAGGUCAGCAGGACGUAUUGCUGUGGGACAUAUAGAGCUGGCCCAAUGAGGCAAAUUAGCUUGGUGGGAGCAGUUGAUGAAGAGGUUGGAGACUUUUUUCCAGAGUUCCUAGACAUGUUGGAAGAAUCUCCAUUUUUAAAGAUGACUUUACCAUGGGGGACAAUGUCUACACUGAAGCUUCAGUGCAGAUCACAAAGUGAUGAUGGACCAAUCAUGUGGGUGAGACCAGGAGAGCAAAUGAUCCCCACAGCAGACAUGCCAAAAUCCCCGUUCAAGCGAAGAAGGUCUAUGAAUGAGAUAAAGAACUUGCAAUACCUUCCCCGCACUAGUGAACCCAGAGAACUGCUUUUUGAGGACCGAACAAGAGCUCAUGCUGAUCAUGUUGGUCAGGGUUUUGACUGGGAGAGUACAGCUGCUGUAGGGGUCUUGAAGGCUGUGCAGUUCGGAGAAUGGAGUGAUCAACCUCGCAUAACCAAAGAUGUAAUCUGCUUCCAUGCAGAGGACUUUUCUCAUGUUGUGCAGAGACUGCAACUGGAUCUCCAUGAGCCUCCUGUUUCUCAGUGUGUGCAAUGGGUGGAUGAAGCAAAGCUCAACCAAAUGCGUCGCGAGGGGAUCCGUUAUGCACGCAUCCAAUUGUGUGAUAAUGACAUCUAUUUUAUCCCUCGCAAUGUCAUCCACCAGUUUAAGACUGUGUCUGCAGUGUGCAGCUUGGCAUGGCACAUACGCCUGAAGCAGUACAGCCCCAACAAAGAGAGACAGCCCUUAGAAACAGACCACAGCUGCGAUAUUCCACCUCCAGGCAUUGAAGCCACCAGUGUGAAAAUGGAGCUGGCAGAGACUCCUGUUUCCAUAACACAAGGACCUUUUGUAGCACCACACAUUCCAUCACAAAAGUUGGAAAACCAACCACCUUUGACACCAGAACACCUUACCACACAUCAGUCAGAUUUGUAGAUAAUAUUCUGAGGCUUUUUUUGUUUUCAAUUUUGUUUCUUAAACCUAUUUUUAAAACUUUUGAUGUGAAGUUAUAGUUUUAUAACAGACUGACCUGUAACUUAACAAAACCUUUUAGAACAUUUUAUCUGGGGUUCUUUCCGGUGACUCAGCUAAUUGCAGUAGCAAAAUGUAACUUGAGCAGCACUGCUGCCUGAAAAGGAAUAUGUAAUCUGUGAAAAUAUCUUUCUACAAGAAACAGUUAUUUUGGCAGAUCAUUGUGACAAUGGCAUCAGUCUAAUACUAUAUGUAAGUUUAGGGUUAAAUAAGAAGCACUUUUAUGUAAUGUUUGUAAAUUUAGCGAUUUGACUUUCUUAAACUGCGUAUUCAAUUUCUUCUUACCCUAGCAAGACUAAAAACAGCAUUUCUUGUAGAAAGAUGGACUGAAGCAGCACUUCUGUUAUACUUAAUUGUGUGUGGCUGUUUUUUAUUUUUUAUUUAUUUAAAUGGCACAACUCCUUUUACGUACCAUGAAUGACUGAUCUAACUUUAUACGGUCAAGUACUACAUCUUGACAGUUGUUUUGUGUGUUUUGUUUAUUUUAUAUGUAAAUUCUUUCAUUUGGUACUAGAAUUCAGAUACUUCCGUGUAUCCAUGCUGUUUUUUUUUUUUUUUUUUUAAGAGAGUACAUAGUAGCAUAAAUCUGUAUUCUAUUUUUAUUUUAUAUAUUUUUUUAUUUUUUUGCUUUUUGUUUUUAUAUGCAGAUUUUUGUUUUUCCUGUGCUUGCAGUUUUUAUGAGCGUCACUUUGAUCAAGGACACACUAGCAGAUUCCAGCACUUCUAUUUAUGUAUGUAAAGAAAAUGACAUUCAAAUAAGGGGAUUUUUUUUUUCUUUCAUAAAACGAGAUCUGUGUUUAGUGGUGUAUUGUCAUCCUGUUAAACAAUUGAUGUUCCUAUGUCAACAAAGUCAUUACUUAAUGUCUUCUACAUGGAUGUAAAUUUUAGUUUAUUUAAUUGUUCUUGGCAAAAAGAUGACUAGUCAAGAUACAGUGGUAUUUGGACCUGUUUUUAAUGGUAUGUGUCUUAAAUCCAGUGGUUUUCCAAGAAAGAUCAUCAUGAGCAAAUUGUGUAUUAAUCCUGGUGUAGAAUGGCUAGAACAGUAAACAGAUACAGAUAUUCUAGUGGCCAAGGUGAAAUGACAUUCAUUUGUUUUAAGUUUCCAUGUGUAAAAGUCACAGUAUCUUAAUCAAUGCUAUGUUUUAUAAGCAUUGUUUGCUAUAGGAUGCAAUCCUCAGGUAACUUCUGUCACACCACUGAUUUGUGUGGCUUUCCUUUUUGUUUAUCUUGAUUUACAUUUCUCCACAAACUUUUUUUUGAAAAAGGAAGAAAAAAUAUAUCCUAGUUUUUUUUUUUUUUUUUUUUUUGACCAUCUUGCUAUUUGUUAAAUACAAACUUGGGCCUACAGAAUGUUGGCAUGCCUACUAUUCACAGCAAGCCACAUUCAGUGGAUAUUGGCUUACAACGUGUAGUACACGCCUCUUCCACACAGCAGGAGCCAGGGAGAACAGUGGUCCCAGCACAUACUCAAUGUUUUGAGUGGCUUGUCAAAAAACGAAUGCUAUUAUUUUACCAUUAAGUAUUGUCCAUAAAGCAUUUUUGCUUUUAAUUUUUUUGAAAAAAAGCUUUUAAAGAAGAACUAUUAUAUUGUACAGCCUGGCUCUGCAGAUGUUGUUGACUUAUACCACCCAAAGUCUUCUAAAUGCUAAUAGCUGACUUGAACCUGUGCACAUUGUAGUUUCCUUGCAAGUGAAGAGCAGAAGUGACAAAUGCUUGGUAUUAUCGGCAAUUUGUUGCGCAGGAAUUUCUAUACAAAUGCUGACAUUGUGCAUCCCUAUUAUGCCCCUUACACCCUGCUGUUAAGUCCAUUAUAGCCUUUGAUAUAUAAGUAUCAAGUCAGUGGCCCACUAUCCUGUCUGUUGAAUUGUAACUAGCUGUAUAGGAAUUUCUAAUUGUCAAAUUUCUACUACAACAAUAAUUUACCUUCUCAAGUCUAAGCACUUUGGUAAUGUGUUGCAACACACUACCAAUUCAGGUGUUGCAAUACAAUGCAGUUCAAGCGAGCCACUUUCUGUUGUAUACAUUUUUAGUUUUUUGUGGCAUUAGUAGAUAUAUUGAUAUGAUUGUACACAAGAUAAAGCCAAAUAGAUUUUAAGCAUA